AUGAAGGAGACUCCCAGCUCCCUGGAAACCCUGCUGUGGGUCUACCACUUCCACAGCUCCACGGAGGUGGCCCUCCAGCCCCCACUUCUUCCUUCCUUGGAACUUGCUGUGGCCGCAGCCCAUGAAUAUCUGGAGCAGAGGUUCAGAGAGCUUAAGUCCCUUGAGCCAGGGGAGCCAGAGAAGCCACCCGCCCCAAAACCCACCCUGGGGCUGCUGUUAAGAGAAGCCACGGCCAGCCUUGUGAACUUCGGGGCCACCUUGUUUGAGAUCUCAGCCCUGUGGGUUCAGCAGGAGGUGCGACGACUAGACGGUGGCGAUGGCAGCCAGGGCCCAGAUCCAGGCUCUGGGGAUCCGGGUGGAGCCUUGGCCCGGGUAGCCCAUAUCGUACAGGAGGGGGCUCAGCAAGCUAGCGCUGCUGCGGGCGCUACCGCCCAGCUUCUGCUCCAGGGGGUGUGGCUAUGCCUGUGUGGACGAGGUCUGCAUGGGUCCACCUCAUUCCUGCAACAGUGGCGGUGCCAGCUGGGCCUCGAAACCCCCGGGGAACUGGUGAGUUUGGGGUUAGGGGAGAGUUGGAUGCCAGAGGUGACGGAGCUGGGUAGGCACUGAGCCAGCCCGCCCCAACAGAGAUACUCAGGAGACCUCAAGGUGGCGUCCAGCAGCAGUGCAGAGGACAGAGGACCAGAGAACCCAACACGGUCCUA